AGUAGCUUUAAGACUUAUAAACGCAAACUAAGUUACAUUACUCGCCGUUGAUGGCUUUGGUGCUUACUCUAAGCUGAAUGGACACAGGUACAACUACAGCCUACUCUCAAACAAUCUUAUAGAAUAUGACGACAACAGUCCAUAAUUAACUCUCUGACAAUGACAAAGACCAUUGUGGGUCGAGCAGAAGACUAGCCGCGGUGCACGAACGGAGUUCAGUGGGCCGCGCAGCAUGGCGUCGAGCACAGCACCCUUGGUUCACGAGCUCCAAGCUCGAAUACGCGAGCUUGAGGCAACGCGCAAAAGUCGAACAGAGGAGGCGUCGCGUAUCAUCGCAUCUCAACGUACCACCAUCGACCGACUACGCUCGGAGAACCAGCGCCUCGCAGCAGACCUUGCAGCAGUUGGCAGCGCAGAUGCCGCAGCCAUUGCUGCUCUGGUGGCCACAGGGGCAGCUGCGCCCUCGGUGAUGGUCAAGCCCACGGGGCUGACCCCAGCCCAAACAGAGCGCGCUGACAGAUUGAUGGAGGUGGCGGACACGUACAACAGAAAGAUCGAGGUGGAGCAGCGGCAGUUGGAGAGUCUGGAGCGGGAGGUGGAGCUGGCGCAGGCGCAGCUGCUAGCUGCCCGGCGGGACAUGGGCGGCUACAGCGGUGCGAAGGCGCUCACGGUGGCGCCCGUGAAGGCCAUCAAGGCGCUGGAGACCCGCCUUGACGGCGCCCAGCGGCGCUUCAACGAGCACAUCGCCGCCAACCGCGACCUCAAGCAGCAGAUCGAUGCGGCCACGCGGCGCCAGGCGGGGCUGGAGCAGGUUCGCUCCCAGCUGGACCGCGAGGUGGCCUCCCUGGCUGGCGAGGUGGCGGCGCUGCAGGAGGGGGUGCGGGUGGCGCAGGAGGCACGGCAGGAGGCAAUGGCGCAGAUCGCCGCCCUGCGUGUUGCGGAGGACGCGGAGGCGGCUGCCUUCGAGGUGGAGGUGCGGGAGCUGGCAGCGUGCCAGGCGGCGGAUGAGCGGCUGCUGCAGGCUCAAGCGGUGCGGUUGACAAAGGCGGUUGAGGCGGCGGAGGCGGCAGGGGAGGCGGCAGGUAGCCCCAAGGCAGCAGCAGCUGGGGCGGCUGGGGCGGAGGGCCUCGGUAGCGGCGGCGGCGGCGCGGCAGCUGCUGGUGGGCUAGGAACCGUGUCCUCCUCCUCCGUCAUCGCCACCCCCGCUGAGCCGCUGGAUCUGGACCUGUUGGAGCAGGGGGUGGGGGUGGAGGCGGCGGCCCUGCAGCUGCAGCGGGCAGCGGGCCUGUCCUCCCUGCCCGAGACGCUGUCCCACUACUCCUCCCUGGAGCAACUCUCCUUCGACCUCUUCAGCGCCUGCAACGAGGCCAACGAGCGCAUCGCGGCGCUGGGGCGGGAGGUGCGACAGAUGGAGGCGGAGCUGAGGCAGAUGGAGUCGGACGCGGUGGCCGGGCGGCAGCACGAGGCCAUCCGCCAGGUGCUGGCGCGGCGGGACGCGGCGGUGCGGCGCGGGGAGGCGCUCACGGAGCGGCGCAGCGCGCUGGACCGGCGGAUAGCCAUGCUGAGGACAGGCAUCUACACCUGUCUUCGGAAGCUGGGCGCAGCAGCGGCUGCCCAGGCCUGGGAAGCCUCCGCGCCGUCAGCCACCUCCUCCUCCUCCGGCGCCUCCGCCGCCGCCGCCGCUGCCGUACCGUCACCGCCGCCGCACCCCUCCGUGGCCGCCUGCGCGCACGUGAUGGCGGGUCUGGCGGUGCUGGAGCAGCGAGCAGCCGCCGUCAUUGCCGUACAGGGCACCAUGGUGGGCCGCUCCUCCAGCCUCUCACGACAGGGGGCAGGCGGGGGGCCGGGCAGCAGACCGCCCUCGGGGCCGCCGUCGUCGUCGGCGGCGGCGGCGCAGCAGCGGCGGCCGUCGGCGUCAGCUGCCGGUACGGCGGCGGCGGCGGCGGCGGCGGCAGGACAGGCCGCCACCGCUGCAAUUAAUGCCCCUGCAACUAGCAAUGGCGGUGGUGGGAGUAGCGGCGGCGGUGCUGGUGGUGGCGGGCGGGAGUAUGAGUUGAUUAACGAGAGUGACGAGGAGGAUGAGGUACCGCUGACCAGGGAACAGAUCCAGGCGCGGUCGGCAAGCAUACACAGAACUGAGUAGCAUAGGGGGGGGGAAGAGCCUGUGUGUGGCCAGUCUGCCCAUCGGUGAAGUGCUUGGGUUGGGUUGGGUUGGUUGGGGCAAGCGUGCACGUGUGCGUGAAAGGUUGCGAAGGAUAUGGGGGAGCGAGAAAGGUUGGAUAGGCGCGGACGCCUUCGAGCACCGCGUGAGCUUAAAAGGGUUGAAACUUGAAAGAGUGUGGGAUGCGGUGUUGGACCAGUACGUCAGAUAGGCCGCUAGCCGCUAGCCUGCUAAGUAGUGCGCUCCCAAUGUUUUAUCGGGCAGGAUGAUGGGGAAAUGAGGUGGGGGGGGCAUGAGGUGAGGUUGGGGCAGUACAGGGGCCCCGCUGGGUCGGCUGUGCGUGCCGCUGUUGUGGUUCAGGGCCGAUGGUCCGCUUUGCCAACUCGUCAUAUGGAGAACUCUGGGUUUGGAAGGUAUGCCCACAAUCCCCACAUCCAAUGCUGGAUCACAAGCCAAAAGGGGCGUACAUGUCGGUUACAGUUACUGCAAGAAGUCACUUUCAGGAAAAUGCACCCGCUGGCGAUGACUGAAUGCGUGCGGGGAGGUGUCUGUUGGCCGGCAAAGGCCUCGCCAUGCCCAAGCAAGGUAGAAAUCCCUCAAGCCACACAA